CUCCACCGUUGUUGAACAAUACGAUAAAACACGAUUAUUACCCACUUAUCAUCAUGGUGAAACAUCUGGAAUCGAUGGACGACUUCAACACUAUGUUGGAGACCUCCAAGACAAAGCUUGUUGUGGUCGACUUUACGGCUACAUGGUGUGGACCUUGCAAGUACAUUGGACCCAUUUUCGAAAAGCUAGCGGAAGAGAAUCCGGAUAUUGAAUUCGUGAAAGUCGAUGUUGACGAAGCCGACGACGUCGCCGCCCACUGCGGUGUCCGCGCCAUGCCCACGUUCCAAUUCUUUCGAAAUGGAGAAAAAAUCGAGGAAAUGAUGGGGGCAGACCAAAACAAACUUGCCGCACUCGUGGCGAAGCUCAAGUAAAUUUCCAGUUGGCUUCUACGAGUCUACCAAACACGCAAAUGUUUCAUGGGAAUAAAUAGCUUCUUUCUUUAAUGCAAAUUUAAAAUUUAAUCGUUACGGCCUUCGAGUUCGUAGGCAAC